UAAAGGGACUUCAACCGGAAACCAAACUUUUUCUUCGAACUUUUUUUUCCUCUGAAGCAAAAGAGGAAAAAGGCACGAGAGUCAUAAACGGCACGGUUCCUUAUUUCCUUCAUUUACGUAUGCUGUUGGAGAUGUGUCAGCUGCCGACCUACAGGGGAGAAGUAAAGCGUUUGUGGCGAGGAUAAGGGCGACGUCGAGUGAUUUUAGGCUGCUCCCCUCACAUAACGGAUUGUGGUCCUUUAUCAUGGAAGAUGGUGCAAAAGAGGAGCCAGCCCGGAGAAAAGAGCCCAAGUUCCUGGGUAAGGAGGGCUGGGUGAAGAAGGCCCCCGGCAGACUGUUGGCCAGCUACAAGGAGCGCUACGUCCAUGUGGAGAAGACGGAGAUCGUGGUGUAUGAAAAUGAGGAUCUGAAGAACUGCUUAGAGAGGCUUGACCUGGAGAACUAUGAUAAAUGUCACGAAUUAAAGAGUCCCUUCAAGAAGAAGCACAGACUGAUACUGAUCCGCUCCUCCAAGCCCGGAAAUAAGGUCCAUGAUGUGAAGUUCCAGGCUCAGAAUGCAGAGGACAAGGAGGCCUGGAUUAAAGCUUUGCUCAAUGGCAUUAAUCGAGCAAAGAACAAAAUCUUUGAUGAGGUGACGGUUGAUGAAAGCAUUAAUUUAGAGCACGUUACUCGAACAAGGCCCAAAGGGAACCGUAACCGACGGCCACCGACCAGGAUACACAUGAAAGAGGUAGCUGAUGUGUCGUCUGAUGGUAUCCUGCGUUUGGACCUGGAUCUUGAGAAUGCCUUGAUGCCUAAUGGCACCCAGCACUCCAGUGUGGAUGGCACUGAAACCCCGAGAGAGGCCAUCAAAGCGUCGACUCCUCCGUCCAAUGCCGGUGAAAAUGCAGAGAAAAGGGAGGAUCCUGAGGAUGAGGCUCAGACUGAGCCGGAGGUCAGUCCCCAGAAAAAGGUCAUCAAACCUCCCAUGCCCCCUACCAAAGAGGCUAAACCUAACCCAACGCCUGAGGAUGAGCCUGAUAAGGAGGAAGGCUCAGAGAAAAAGGUCCUGAAGCCACCCAUGCCUCCAUCUAAAGAAGCCAAGCCCACAGCCUCACCUGAAGACACAGAGGAGGGGAAAGCUGAGCAGAUGUCUGAAAAGACUCCUGAUGCCAGGAAGAAGACAGUUCCACCACCAACCCCUCCCAACAAACCCGGCUCCUGCAGCUCCAUUAGCAACCUAGCAGAGGCCUCACAUUCCCACCCUCCUACCCCUCCAUCAAAAGAGAAGAAACCUUCUGUGGAGCCAGACCAAGAGGUGGAAGGCACAACAGACGAGGAUGAGGAGAAUGAAGAAAGUGAUAAGAAGGAGGCAACAGGAACAGCUGUGGAAACUGACCUGCCCAUUUCUAAAGAAGCUCCACCUAAACCUGGGAGUCCCAGCGCAGACUGGCAGGUAUUUGAAGAAGAAUCAGGGGAGACAAUAAGUAAUGGCAUUAAAGCAUCUGAAAAUGACCCACAAAUUCCCACAGAGCAACUCAGAAAGAAUUCCAGCCCUCCUCCUACACCCAAGAAGAAGCCUGCUCAGCCCAACUCGCAACAGGCAGACGACAAGACAACUGUAACCCAGGCAAAAGAGGGACAGGACCCUGCUGCUUCACUGCAAACAGAUACCUCUGCCAGUUCCCCUGAAGCAGUAGAGGCUCCACCCAAGAUUGAGGUCCCCUCAGUCGUCGUCUCUUUGAAUACUCCGCUCUCUGACGGCCUCAGCCUGAGUCCGCUGCUCUGUCACCUGCCUGGGGAGAAGAAGAAGAAGAAGAAGGCGGAGGAGAAAUCUGUGGACAGCGGUCAGCACUCUGACGAUGACAGCGAAGGCUCUGGCAACGAAGACACACUGGCAGCUUCCACCGCCGCGUUGAGAGGAAGCAACCCUGGGCUGGAUGUGUUGGACGCCAGCGAGGACGAGAUUCAGGUUCCCGUCACUUUGAAGCCAACAAAAGCACCACCCAAGCCUCAGGUCAAACCUAAGUUCUUUCCCUGUCGGCGCUCCGAGCCCCCUCCUCCGUCUCUUUCACCCUCGACCAAGGCCAGGUCCGCCUCCAUUGGAGAUCUGCUGUCUGACUCGUCAGUCUGUGUUCAGGCACACACAGCUGUGGCCGGAGGCAACGCGGCUCCUGGUGAUGAUUUCAUGAAACUUGAGACUGAAGUGGCGCUGGAGAUGGAAAAGACGCAGCAGCUCCUGAGCAGAGUGUCCAAGGCUAAGGGGGGAGCAGACGGGGAUGGAGUGCCAGAGGAUCUGCUGGCCAAGGCCAUGGAGAAGCUGAAGAAGGCUGACCACGUCCUGAGAGAGGUCCAUAAACUGAAAGUUGCAAAGGACUCAAGAAACAGGAACAGCUGGUAAAUGUCGGCCAGAGCAGGUUGACUGGGAAUCGACCAUUCGCUAAACCUCUCUUCUGAACAGUGGUUGUCCAAUCAUCGUUUAGCAAUCUCCAAUAGGCACGCAAGCCUGUUAAGCUUUGGAUUUCUACACAAACGGUACGGUUUGCAAAGGGCUGAAGUAAAAAUAAAUAUUGGAUAUAAAAAGUUUUUUUCUUUUCCUUUACAAAACUGAAAACGUGAGCGGAAAUGUAAGGAAUAGAUAACAUGGUGUAUUUGCCCGCUGUAAUGUAAGCUGCAAUUAUUGGCCUUUUUGUGUCUCAAUUUGGAUACUUCUGUAAACACUUCGACUGUGUAUACGCAACACAGUCUCACGGCAUUUCGUGUUAUAGUCACGAAAUUAAUCUAUUGAUUCGUGUUCACCAACACGAUUUCGCCAUUUUUUUCGUGUCACACAGAACGAUUUUAAAAGCAAUGUAAAUAAUAACAAAUUAGAAGGAAAAAGACAUUUAAAAAAAUACAGAUUUAAGUAUUCUGACACAGAACGAUUUUAGAAGCAAUGUAUUUAUAUUGGUAGUAUGUUUCGUGCCUGCACCAAAUAAUAACAAAUUAGAAGGAAAAAAAGAUGACA